AAAAAAAAAAAACAAAAAUAAAUAAAUAAAUUAAAAAAAAAAAAAGAAAAGUAAACAAAUCACCUCCACUGCAAUUUUACAUUAACAUCAUGGACAUGAAGAUCGAACAUCAGCAAACCAGCGCUACUAACCAACAACAAGCGGAAAUGGCCUCACCAUCUGAGGUGCCAAAUGAUCCAGGGAAAAUGUUUAUUGGGGGCCUUAGUUGGCAAACAAGUCCAGAGAGUUUAAAAGACUAUUUUAGCCGUUUUGGUGAUAUUUCAGAGGCUAUGGUUAUGAAAGAUCCUUCGACGCGAAGGUCAAGGGGAUUCGGUUUCAUAACUUUCAGUGAUCCAGCUAGUGUAGAUAAAGUUUUAGCUCAAGGUACACACGAACUAGAUGGUAAAAAGGUUGAUCCAAAAGUAGCAUUUCCCCGGAGAACACAUCCCAAAAUGGUGACGAGAACGAAGAAAAUAUUUGUGGGUGGCCUAUCGGCGCCCACAACACUAGAAGACGUUAAAAGUUAUUUUGAGCAGUUUGGUCCGAUCGAAGAUGCAAUGCUUAUGUUUGAUAAACAAACAAAUCGACACAGAGGUUUUGGCUUCGUUACAUUUCAGAGUGAAGAAGUGGUAGAUAAAGUUUGUGAAAUUCAUUUCCAUGAGAUAAACAAUAAAAUGGUCGAAUGCAAGAAGGCCCAGCCGAAGGAGGUGAUGUUGCCAGCCAAUUUGGCUAAAACUCGUGCUGCCGGCCGUUCUGCUUACGCAGACAAUAUUAUGUGGGGCCUGGGGACACUACCAGAAGGUUUUCCGGCGGCAGCUUAUGCGGCCUAUGCAGCCGGUCGUGGUUAUUCGGGUUAUCCUGGCUUCGGCUUACCCUAUCCGACUGGCUUGACAAUAUGUGGCAUCGGUAGAAGUUUCGGUACGUGUAGUACGAAUGCAGGCAGACGGCCUGGUACUGGCAACGGUGCCGGUAACCAGCCUUCAACAGCAGGAUAUGCUGCUCAUCAGGCGUUAACUUUGCCUUUAGCGACCGCUUUAACACGCACAGCUGCUAUUAAAUCGCAAUUCCUGGGCAUCAACAACUUUUAAUACGAAGUUCUUGAGUAGAAAGAGAGUAUUGUUUUUGUCAAAUUAUACAACUGAGAGAAGAGAAUAUACAGUGUCUCUCUGUAUGGUGGUGCUCCACUCACCAAGGCCAUUAAUUUUAUUUGAGUAUUGAUAUUGAUAUGAUGACGAUCGUUCAUAUCGAAUCGAUUUAGUAGAGAAAUAAAAGCAAUUGCCAAAACCAAAAGCAAAAUUGAACCAAUAACUAGUUUAGCUGAAUUUUGUUUUUAGCCAAACCACGUUUGUAGUGUAACAUUGUUAGUAUUGUUGUAUUUGUCUACAUAUGCAUAAAUAUAUAGAAACUCUUUUCGCUCUUUCUCUCUCUCUCUCUCUCUCUCUCUCUCUCUUC